CAAAUAAGUCAUGCUUUGAACGAAAAGUCAAACGAAAAAGUGGUUUAAAUUUGAAUAAAUUCGCGGAUCAAUUGAAGUGAUAAUCAAAACGAAUCGGUAAUGGAGUCGAUGGACACGGGUUUCGACGAUCUUCUGCAUCGCGCGGAACAGUUGACGGCAGAGAUCGACGGCGAGUCAGAGUUGCCGCGAAUCGAGCGAAACCUGAGACAACUGUUGGACGCCGGGGAACAGCUGUGGUCGCGGACCAGCGCUUCGGUGACCAGUCGGCAGACCAACGAUGUCCGCGCGUCCGUCCUCUUGGGCUCCAAAGGCUACGAUCUGCAGAAAGUGAGCCAACAGUUGGACUCAUUGAGUGCCACCAAAAAGCUGUCGCCCAUUGAGUCGAUCGCCGAAACAGACAUCAAAGGCUUCCUCAAGAGUGAGAGAGAGAACGCAAUCGUGAGAAUCAUUGACGACAUCCGGAAGUCGACGAUCGAAAGGGCGGACAAACUCUAUAUGGAUUCACUUCAACGCGAAUGGGAGGACGAAAAGUCGAAAAUAUUGAACGCUUUGGUCGGACCCGAAGAGGACAUCUCAGACUUCACGUCCAGUUUCGACAUCACAAACCUGAGGCCGCAGAGCAUAUCGUCCACAACUCCUACUCACAAAACGCGGCUCUAUUUCGAGCCAACACUGAUCGACACGUCGGCCAUCACUGCAAUGAAUGGCACAGAGAUUGCGUUCGCCAAAGAAGUGGUGAAAUACGUGGACAAAGUUGUCUUCGGAACCGUUCGCUCAAACAUUGCCAACACUUUCUACACCAAAGUGGCGAAGGAAACCAUCGGUGAGUCGCUUAUCAUUGAUAUGUGGGAAAUGGUGUCCACUUUGGUGUCCAAUGAAAUUCCCGUUUCUGUGGAUUGCGAACCACUUGUCAAUAGAUGUGAUUCAAAAGUGAACGCAUUUCUUGUCCGACAGUCGAAACUGUUUCUCGAAAGAAAAUUUAUUCAAACAAUUCAAUCGGUUGUUAACCCAUCGGUGGUCUUCACUCAGACUCCCAGUCCUUCAGUUCUUUAUAAACUAAUGAGAGAUUAUUUGAUAAUUAAAACACCAUUUUUGACAACUUCUUCGCUUAACGUGUCGUUUGGUUCGAGUAAUAUAUCAAACAAUUCUGAGGACGGAUUAGUCGAUGGAAUUCCCAUUUGGUGUUUCAUUUGGUUCUGUCUUAGGGCUGGAAGUGUUGAGGCGGCCAUAGAAGUGGCCAAAAAGGGCCCGAUUUGGGUCAUCAAUGAGUUUAUUAAUGUAUUGCGAGAAUACAAACAAAGCGAUGACCGAAACCUCAGUCAGAAGACAGAAAAUCAGAUUAAAUUGUUAUACAAAAAGACCAUUCGUUUGAGUAAUGAUGUCUAUAAGAAGACUGUAUUCUCAAUGUUGGGCUCGUGUGGUAUCUCAGAGUUUCCCUCCGAAGUGUUGGACAAAGUGGACGACUUCUUAUGGCUUCGUUUGAGUCAAAUACAGAACUACGACAAAGACUCCGACACAAGUGAACUGUCAUUCAUGUCAUCGUCGGUCUCACCGCAGCCGUCAUCAGACAAACUCACGUACAGUAAACUGAAACAACAAAUUAGCGAAGAAUACGGCGAAUCAUAUUUCAACGCCAAAGACCAGCCAUUCAUGUAUUUCAAAGCCUUAUUCCUCACCAAUCAAUUCGAAGCCGCCAUUGAAUUCCUGUUCAGAAUCGACGCCUACAGGAGUCACGCCAUUCACAUCGCUAUAGCUCUCAACGAAAUGAAUUUACUGAUCAUUCCUCUGCUUCACCUAAAAGUACCGCUCAUUUCGAAGCAAUCGUCGGACCCGUCGGGCGUUCAGCGAUUGAAUUUCGCGAAACUCAUCACAAUAUAUACCCGAAAAUUCGAGACAAACAAUUCAAUUGAAGCCAUUUAUUACUUCUAUUUGUUGCGUAACAUAAAGACCGCUUCGGGAGAGAAUCUGUUCACCACAUCGGUGUCCAAACUGGUGAGGGAUACCAAGAAUUACGACAUUCUGCUCGGCUAUAUCGGCGAAGACGGCUGUCGUAUUCCCGGCACUAUUGAUAAGUUCAAUAACGACGUGAACGCUAUCAUAGAUCAAGUGGCCGGUGAUCUCGAAGAAGGCGGCGCUUUCGAAGACGCCGUUAAGCUCUACGAUUUGGGCGCAAAGCAUAACAACGUUCUCCAACUUCUUAAUAAAAUGCUCAGUCCUUUAGUUCCCGAGCGAAGAGUAGUCGACUCAAAGAGGUCUCGUUUGGAGACAUUGGCUUUAAAAUUGGCCGAAAGAUAUUGCAGUCAAGAGAACAACGCGUUGCCAGAAGUGUCGCAAACGUUUUACCUGUUGAUAGAUUUGAUGACAUUCUUUGAUUACUUCCAUAGUCAGCAAUACAGCGAUGCACUCGAUACUAUAAUGAAAUUGAAGAUAAUUCCAUUCAGAAGCGUUGACAUCGAUAUGAAAGUGAAUCAAUUUAAUCGACACUCAGAAGAAGUUCGAAGAAAUAUUGCGGACAUUCUUUUGGCGACAAUGAAUAUAUUGUAUUCACAAUACAAGCAAAUCAAGUCUUCGACUCCACAAACAGUUAAUAAAUUCGGAAUCAUUGGAGACAUGGAUAAUAAGGAACAGAUAUGCGCUGAGAUGAGGGCAAAGGCCAGAGCUAUCAUUACAUACGCGGGAAUGAUUCCCUACAGAAUGCCCGGCGAUUCCAACGCUAGACUCGUUCAGUUGGAAGUGUUGAUGAAUUGAUUGUUUUAAACACAUGAAUAUAAAACAUAACAUUUGCUGAUAAAUAAAUACAAAUUAAUUUAUGUAAUCGAUUAUAAUAAUAAUGCUUUGAUUUUCAAAUAAAUAAUUUUAUGUUUAAA